CCCUCAAGGAGCGAUCGAUCCGCUGCAACCUGUGCGCAUGGCAGGCAAAGGAGCGAGACUGAGUCGAAGGCGGCGUUGUGGCUGCACGGUGACGUCUUAAGGCAGGUCCUGGUCAAACCUACCAAUGGUACAAGUCGGUCCUGCUCUGCUGGGACUGAUGGUAAUGAAUGGGUGUCGGUGUUCUACACGGCAAAGGAGCAGCCACAGCGAGACGAGGCGAUCAAGGGGAUGCGGCAUCGGUACGCCGGAGCUGUCCAUCAGCGCCAGCCCGCCGACGAGAAGCAAGGAAGCAGCGCGCAGCGCCGAGACCAAGUCGCUCCUGUUUUCUGCCUGCCGCCCCCGCCCUCUUCUCACCACCGAGACCGCACUUCGACCAGCGCCGCUCAGCGCCAGAGUCUCCAGGAGCUCCCGUGUUUGAGCCAGCCCACCAGGAGACCUGUUCACAGCGGCGACCCUCUACCUCCUGCGAGCUACGACACCACCCAGCGACCUUCACACCGAGGCAGUGAAGCCAGCGCCGGGCAGCAGGAUCCCUGGGCCCCGGCCGUCUCUCAGCCGCCGCCGCCGCAGUCAGACAGGGAGGCUGUUUUUCCGAGCUGUCACUGCAGCUUUUCAGAGCAGGAAGCCAGUCUUCCUACAAAUCAGUCCCAUCUCAUCAACACUCUCCCACCGCAACCCCCCCGCAAUUUUCCGCCACCUAUUCCACCGCCACUGACGUCCUCCUCCUCCUUUCUGUUCUUUUCCCGGGGAUCUAAAAGGGGGGAUCGUCUCCAAAGGAGUGCCAAUAAUUACCAACAGGCAAGCAUCGUGGAACGCUGCAGGGGAGGAGGAGGAGCAGCAGGGCACCGAGACCACAGGCAGCUGUUGCAGCAGCAGCAGCAGCACUGUCAUCUAAAACUCCAACUGAGGGACCCCUCCCCUGAAGGAAGCCGUGCAAACUCACAGAAAGGACGCUCUUUAAAUGUGUGUGAGUCAACCGACGCCAGGACAGCAUUCGAGUCUCAGACUCAGGACCUGCAGCAGCAACAGAUCCCACAGUUACGAGCGCAGCAGCAGCUACUGGUGGGAAGCAGCUUGCCGAUCAACUACUGCGCCAGCGGCUCGGGGGAGCUAUGUAGGACUCAGCAGGCUGCACUGCUGCAGCAGCCACGCGCACCGGGGGUCUGUCCCCAGCGUCCGCAACAGCACUGUGAACAAGAUCGCAAUAACUCUGCGAAGAUCACCGCGCAGGGCGGCCAGGCGCAGCCACGCAACCACGACUCCCGCGUAGCCCCGCAGGUAACACCGCAGGCGCACGCGGGGAGCUCCUCUGCGACCAGCAGCAACAGCAGCAAAGACAGCCCCAACUACGGCUCGAGCUAUCACCUGUGGCCCGAGAGCCCGCAUAAAGGAGAGGAGAGGAUACGCAUCGACCUCCAUAAGGCCACUACUGGGCAGAAGAAGCUGAGCCAUGCUGGAUCCAAGCCCUCCCUCUCUGAGAGCAGUGGCAGACUCCCUCAGAUAGCCAUGAACACCUGCAAGUACAAUGGUGGAGUGGUGAGACCACUAGUGGGCAGUCUGGCGUCCUCGUCGCGCCGCAACCUCGCAGACCUCGACUCGGAGACACAGCCUUUGCAGACACUGCACAGCUCUGGUCUGGAGGUGGUGGUAUCCAAGGGCAAUAGCGGCGAAGACCCCAGCAAGGCAUCUAACGAGAGCCUGGUCAGGGAGGGUAACGGGCGGGGCGGAGGCAGGGCUCCCCAGAAGAAAAACAAAGACAUUGGCUACAAGCUUGGCCACCGGAGGGCGCUGUUUGAGAAACGGAAACGGCUCAGUGAUUACGCGCUCAUCUUUGGGAUGUUUGGGAUUGUUGUCAUGGUGACAGAGACGGAACUGUCAUGGGGGGUUUACACUAAGGAAUCUUCAUACUCAUUUGCACUGAAAUGCCUUAUCAGCCUUUCCACUGUUAUAUUGCUUGGUCUUAUAAUAAUGUACCACGCCCGGGAAAUCCAGCUGUUUAUGGUGGACAAUGGUGCAGACGAUUGGAGGAUAGCCAUGACAUAUGAGCGAAUCUUCUUCAUCGUGCUGGAGCUUCUGGUCUGUGCCAUUCACCCCAUCCCAGGCCAGUACGUCUUCACCUGGACGGCGCGGCUGGCCUUUACGUACACACCAUCUGUGGCCGACGCUGACGUAGACAUCAUCCUCUCCAUCCCCAUGUUCCUGAGACUCUACCUCAUUGGCAGAGUCAUGCUACUCCACAGCAAGCUGUUCACGGACGCUUCGUCCCGCAGCAUUGGUGCCCUCAACAAGAUCAACUUCAACACGCGCUUUGUCAUGAAGACUCUCAUGACCAUCUGUCCAGGAACCGUUUUGCUGGUGUUCAGUAUUUCCUCCUGGAUCAUUGCUGCAUGGACUGUGCGUGUCUGUGAGAGGUAUCAUGACAAACAGGAAGUGACCAGUAACUUCCUGGGAGCCAUGUGGCUCAUCUCUAUUACCUUCCUCUCAAUUGGCUACGGAGACAUGGUGCCGCACACGUACUGUGGGAAAGGUGUAUGUCUGCUUACAGGAAUCAUGGGUGCUGGUUGCACUGCGCUUGUAGUUGCAGUGGUGGCCAGGAAACUGGAGCUGACCAAGGCUGAGAAGCAUGUCCACAACUUCAUGAUGGACACACAACUCUGCAAACGAGUGAAGAACACAGCUGCCAAUGUACUCAGGGAAACAUGGCUCAUUUAUAAACACACCAAGUUGGUCAAGAAGAUCGAUCAUGCCAAGGUGCGGAAACACCAGCGCAAGUUUCUCCAAGCCAUUCACCAAGCUCAGAAACUGCGCAGCGUGAAGAUGGAACAGAGGAAACUCAACGAUCAGGCCAACACCUUGGUGGACCUGGCGAAGACCCAGAAUGUGAUGUAUGACCUGGUGUCGGAGCUCCAGGAGCGCAGUGAGGAGCUGGACAAGCGCAUCGGCACACUGGAGGACAAGCUGGACUCAGUGACAGGCAGCUUGCAGGCGCUGCCCUGCCUCAUCUCCCAAGCCAUAACUCAGCAGCAGCAGGACUUCCUGGACGGCUUUGUUCACCGCUUUCGGCCCGCUUCGCUAGCAUCGGAGCGUUCUGAACACUCUGAGCGAUCUUGGACUUCCACCACCCGUAGGCGCCGCUCUCCUUCCACAGCACCACACACCUCUUCUGAUAGCGGAUAACCUUGAGAAACCCCUCUGUAACCACCAUCAGGUCCCGCUUUUCCCAAACUAACAAGCCACCUUAUUCGUCCCUGUAUCCAUUUGCAAGUCCAUGUCUGGACUAAUGAUGAACCCAUACCUUGACCCAUACCCAGUGCUCUCUUUCCCAGUCAUCCCCUUUUUCCACAUCAACCAAAAA